AUGAAGAAUUUGCCCGAAGCAACUGAACGUACUGCGGCAGAGUUAUGCGUGGACAUCACCUAUCAUCCGGUAGCUACUAUACGCAUCAGACUCAUGCAGAUAAGGGACCGGUUCAACGCAGGUGAGAGAUCGGGCGUCUUUUAUUAAAUCCCGUGCCAGGGCUGUCCCUGCCAUUAUAAGGCCCACCAGAACGACGCCUUGGCUCGCGAAUACUCGAACACAAACGCGUCGUUCAGAGAGGCAACCCACAGUCUCAGGUCACUACGCACGCACUGGAGGAAGGCCACGAGUCCGACUUUGUGAGCACGCGUAUAAUGGCGCGUGUCGGCACCGAGACGGGGCGAUAAGUGUUGGAGGCUUGGGUGUUAGAUCAGCUUAAUCAAAAGGCAUAUUGAUUUACCCACGUGUUAUCACGCUCUACGCCCACGCAGACAGGUGGCGCAACCCACUCCAUGUAUGUGCAUGUAUUUAAAGGUUACGGGGAUGGUGUAGGGGUGUCCAGUUGUGGGUCUACGUGAUGGUCGUAGUAGGUCGCUCACUUGCUUGCAGGUGAAGACUACGCCUAGCAUCCAUUAACUGGAACUCAACUCUAACAUGUGGCUUCCCGGUGCUAGGCUCUGCCUAGCGGACGCACCUACGUAACCGCCUCGACCAGCGGACCAAACCAGGUGAGGAUAUCCGUGUGUUCAUCUUCGUACACGGUGCCCUAAACCAAUUCUGAGAUCACGUCCUCUGCACCUGACCGUGGCGCGCAGACGCAAAACACACGUUCGCAACAAUCAAACAAGAACCAACACUCUCUCUUCCCCCUUUUCCUCACCGUCACCCCACCCCGCAGACUGGUAGGGUGAGUCCGCUCACUCUGGCGUGCUGGGAUGUUCGUCUCCUUUUAGACAGUCCGAGGAGCAACCGAUCGGAAUGGAGGACGGCGCUAGUGCCUCGGGAACUGGCGCGCUACAAGGUGGACAUCGAAAAAGGUCAACUGGAGGAGGUGGGUGCCGGCUACAUCUUCUUCUGGAGCGGUCACCCCAGAGCAGAGCGACGGGACGCGGGCGUCGCCUUUGACAUGCGGAAUGAUAUUUUGGAACGACUGCUUUGUCUGCCGCAGGGUAUCAACGAUCGCCUGAUGGGCCUCCGCCUGCCUCCCCAUGAAGGCAAAUUCACCACCAUCCUCGGUGUCUACGCUCCCCGAUGA